CUGUGUAUACCGGAAGUGCUUCUAUUUACGCAAGGAGGUCAAGAUGGCUGCCCGCUGCCUGUAAAAGGGUCGUUCCAGAAGCCAGUUCUAUGUUCCUUCGACAUGUAUAAAUCACCAUGUUGCAGACUGACAGGUUUUCUUGGUUUGAGAGUGAAACAGAAAUUGGUUCAAAUCGCUCCUCGAUGUAACCAAACUGCCCGAAGCCUUAUUUACCUGCACAGAAGAGAUCCAUCAAACUGGCUGACAUAUCAACAUCUAAACUUUCUGAAACGACAGUACGUUACCAAAAACAGCAGCGAGCUUCACCAGCGUGCAAUCCCCAAACAUGACCUGAACAUCGUCGAAGAAAGACAUGCCGCCGUCGAAAGGCAGGAGGAGAGAAUACUGGCUAUUGAUUCAGAGCUUGCAGACGUUGUGCCACUGUCGGAGGAUGUAAACCACGAAACACAACCUAAAAACGCCUCCAUCAAGCCUGCUGCACAGAGUGGGGCACCCCUGGAAGGUUCUGCGUCUCAUCUUGUCACAAACAAAGAUGAGCCGCCACACGUUCACGUCGAGACGGAAGAGGCGAGGCAAGCCAGAAUGGACCGACAGUGGAAGCCGCUGAGAGUUGAUGUUGCAGAUUUACCGGAUGUCUACGCUAGACUGGCUAAAAUCAAGCUCACAGCUCUGGUGGUAACAACUGCAGCAGCCGGCUUUGCAAUGGCUCCCGUCCCCUUUGAUCCUCUGCUGUUUGUUGUUUCCUCUCUGGGAACAGGCCUGGCAUCCUGUGCUGCCAAUUCCAUUAACCAGUACUUUGAGGUGCCCUUUGACUCCAACAUGAACCGAACAAAGAACCGUCCCCUCGUCAGAGGACAGAUCAGCCCACUGCAUGCUGUGUCAUUUGCCGUGGCCUGUGGCAUUCCUGGAGUUGCUCUGCUGACGCUGGCGGUAAACCCGCUCACAGGCUUCCUGGGCGCCCUCAACAUCUUUCUCUACACCUGCUGCUACACUCCGCUCAAGAGGCUCAGCAUCGUCAACACCUGGGUUGGCGCGGUGGUGGGAGCCAUACCUCCUGUGAUGGGCUGGAGCGCUGCUACAGGGACGCUUGGGCCAGGUGCUUUGCUGCUGGGUAGUUUCCUCUACUGCUGGCAGUUCCCGCACUUCAACGCGCUCAGCUGGAACUUACGGGAAGACUACUCCCGCGGCGGCUACCGCAUGAUGUCCGUCACCCACCCGGCCAUGUGCAAACGGGUGGCGCUGCGCCACAGCCUGGGUCUGAUCGGGCUGUCCACCCUGGCGCCCGUGCUGGACGUCACCACCUGGACCUUCCCCGUCAUCUCCCUGCCCAUCAACCUGUACAUCAGCUACCUAGCCGCCCGCUUCUACCGCAAAGGGGACCGCGACAGCGCCCGCAAGCUGUUCUUCUGCAGCCUGUGGCACCUGCCCAUGCUGCUGCUGCUGGCGCUCACCUGCAAGAAAUACAGCCAGGGUCCGGAGGAGACGGCAUCUUUAACCCUCACACCGCCAGUGAAAUAACUGGGAUCCUCCUUUGAGCCUGAGUGCUCCUUCAGUUUCCUGACUCUGCUUUACAGAAAACACACCAGAUUUCAAUCUUUUAAAUUUGUGUGCUGUAAAUAUAUUUAUUUUUAAAGGGUCCCUCACCAGUUAUCUGUCUUUUAUCUGACUGAUCAGUUACGUUGUACUGUUUACUCCACUCUCACGGAAAGCCUCAGCUUUGGCAGCUUAUGUCGUUGGACGCCAUGCUGUCGUAAAGUUUCUAGAAUGUGGUAAAGCAGGACUGAGGAAAUGACAACGUGUUACUUGAUGGUGAUUUAAUCUCAUUUUGCUUUGAAACAAAAAUGUAUAUGUGGUUUAAAUACAUAAACCUGCUUUAAGGGAUCAUUUAUCCCCUGUGGGAGAGGAAAUAAACUCAUCAUGAUUGUAA